GAUUAAGAAUUAUUGCAAAAUAUAAUAUUUUAAAAGAAAAUGUUGAGUUUUAAUAAAUGACAGUGAUUAUUUUAUACAUGAAUAUAAGCAAAUAAAAAGUCGUGGAAACUAUUUAUAAGAUUCUUUGAAAAAUGAUUUAAGAGAUUGUCAAAAAUGGUAAAAAAAUAAUAUUAUCAUGUUCUAAAAUACGACAAAAUAUAUUAUUAUGAUGUUUUGUCAACUUUUAUUAUGAUAUUUGAACAUUAUUUUUAAAAUAAUAUGUUAUAAUUCACUGUGUAAAAAUUGUUAGUUAAAAUCAAGCAUUCAAUUUUUAAUCGAUGAUUAUUUAAUGAUGAUAAAUCUAAAUUUUGGAGUAAAAUAUUUUUCUUUUACAGAGAAACUUUUAAUAAUUAAUUAAUUACUAAUUUAGUUUACAAGAAAAUUUUAAAUAUAACUGAUGAAUAGUAUGAUUGAUAUUAUAUAUUUUUAAUAUUUUAAUUUUAUUCAUUAUAAUAACGACAAAAUUGUCGUUAAAUUGCUAUAUAACAUUACAUACUAAAUUUUUACAGGUAUUAUACUGAAAAACUAGUUUUCAAUAUUCGAACCGCGACAAAAAAUAUCUUUGACACGGUUUAUUGUCUUUAACGAUCAAAACAUUUAAGAAUGUACAACGCUUUUAACACGCAUAAUUUUCAUGCUAUACAACAAAAAGAUAUUGUAUAUUGACAAAAAAAAAAUUCAUAAAUUAAAUAAGUAGGUAAAAAUGUAAUUUUAUUCUUUAACGAUCAAAACAUUUAAGAAUGUACAACGCUUUUAACACGCAUAAUUUUUAUGCUAUACAACAAAAAGAUAUUGUAUAUUGAUAAAAAAAAUUUCAUAAAUUAAAUAAGUAGGUAAAAAUGUAAUUUCAUAAAUUAUAUAUCUAAAUGUUAUUCCACAAUUCAUUAAUCAAAUUAAAUGACGUUUUAUAUUCUACAUUAAACAAUAGUGACAUUUUUAUGGAGUAUUUUUUUGUUAUAGUGUGAAAUCGUUAAAACCUGAUCAAACAAUUAAACUGAGAGAGGUAUUUGUAUUUUCAACUCAUUCUUGUGGUUCCGUACGUGAAAAGACAAUAACAAACAGUUUUGCUUUACCAUGAGUUAUUAAGAAUCAACAGGUGCAUAUGUUCCUUUAAGUAAUUUUGUUGUUUGGAGAACAAAAUCUAUCUCCUAAUCUGCAUAAUAUUUUUAAUCAGGAAACCCGAAGAAUAUAGUUGUAUAUCAAAUCUUAGUUUAAGCUACAUUAUGUAAAUGUGAAGAUCUUUCAUCUCGGGAUACAACUUUAUUAUAGAAAUCAGAACUCUGAUUUUUUACUAUCGCGCAACUAUUCUUUACAGUCGUGGUUUCAAAAUUCCCCAUUUGCAUUUUGAAAUCCUUAAUCUUCCAAUUUCAUCCAACCAAACAACAUUUUAUCGUUUUCAUAGUUUAAAUAAUUAGUAUGACAGAAAAUUUUGAUUAUAUCACAUUAUUUUCUUAUAGAUUAACUUAACUGUAUAAUAACAUUUUUAUUUUACAUACAAUAUUCAGUAUUUUGUCCCUUUCUAACCCAAAUCCAAACGAGAUUUUUAAAAUCUUAUUGAAAAUCAAUCCUAAAUGAGAAACAAAAGAUCUUCAGAAAAAAAAAACAAUUGCAUAUAUUUUGUAGAACUAAAAAGAUAUAUAUUGGUAAAUAGCAUUAACUUUUGCUUACUUUAGUCUAGAUUUUUACAUAAAUUAGCACACGGUAUUUUGUUGUUGUAUCUCUUUUUUCUAAAUUAGUAAAACAAAAAAAUAUCAUUAUUAUUUCUUUCUAAAAUAAAUUACAUAUGCACCACUACAACAAUGCCAGAUGUUAUAUUAGCGUGUCUACUUUAGGCCGCCUUUAAAUUGAGUUUUCUGUAGCCUGAGUAGUUUAUACAGACUUGAAAAUACACAACAAAAAUAUACAAAGACUAGCAGAAUGACUUUUGCCCAAUCUCUCAACAACCAAAGCUCUGUCUUGAGAAUCAAUAUUAUGGUUGUUGAUGAUGAUCCUGUCUCCCGUGAAAUUGUGUCACGCAUGCUUGAAAGAUCCAAAUACAGAGAUCCAUCUAUGGAGAUCACAGUUAUAGCUGUAAGAGACGCAAGGGAAGCAUUGUCUACUCUUAAAAUCCAAAGAAACAACAUCGAUCUUAUAGUCACAGACUAUUACAUGCCUGGCAUGAAUGGUCUACAACUCAAACAACAAAUCACUCGACAAUUUGGCAACUUUCCGGUCAUAGUUAUGUCAUCGGACACCAACAAAGAACAAGAGAGUUUAGCUUGUGGAUCGGUGUGUUUCCUUCCAAAACCCAUCAAACCGACUGACCUACCAAAGAUCUACCAAGUUGCUUUUACUUAUAAGAGGAAGGGUAAGUCCAUAUCAAGGACCGAGCACAACCACAUGGAUACAAAUGUUAGCAUCCCUCAGCAAAUCCAGUUGCUUCCUGAACAAGCUAAUGUCUCAAAGACCAAGAAGAACAAGAAGUUCUCAUCUAAAUCAGAUUCACGAUCUGUGAACAGUUUCAAUGGAAGUUGUGAUAGUACAGAUGGUUCACGAAAAAAUCGAAAAAGAAAAUCAAACGGUGAUUUUGGUGAUGAUGAUGAGUCUUUGCCGCAGCCUUCCAAGAAGAGUAAGCUUUCGUGGUCGGACUACCUUCAUGACCUUUUCUUACAAGCUAUCCACCAUAUUGGUCUUGACAGUAAGUGUUUUGAUUUUUUUUUUAAUUAUAACGUAUUUAUACAAUACGCAAUAUACUGUUUAUUUUCUUACAUUUUCUUACAAACUUGUUUCUUUGCUGAACUUGAAUCUUCCAAAGAGGCUGUGCCAAAGAAAAUUUUAGAGUUCAUGGACGUAUCAUACUUGACAAGAGAGAACGUUGCCAGCCAUUUACAGAAAUAUCGAAAUUUUUUGAGGAAAGUCGCGGAAAAUUCAGGCAUGUUGCAUGGAAGAGGCAUGGAGCCGUACCAUAGUAACUACACAACCUCUUCUUCUUGGUACGACACAGGUCUUAACAACAAAUCUAGCUAUUCCAAACCUAGACACGGUCUUGGACAGUCUAGGCUCUUAUCCAACACAUGUGAACCUGUCCGCUUCAACCAGAUGCCUUACAACCACAUGAACCGGUUAUCUACCUAUGAGCCGCACCGUACUGGAUCAAACUUGACCAUGCCCAUCAAAAGCAACCUCAGUUUUUCAACGCAGCCAUUGCAAAACGAAGGAAGUAGAAGCUUUCUUGAACCAACCGUGACGGCGAACAAAACUGGCCAAACAUCUCAAGUUCUCGGGUUUGGACAACAUGGAAUGUCGGCUAUAAAUGGAAAUAAUUUCAACGACAACACGAUGAGCAGCUAUGCAAGUUCAACUUCUAAUCAACCAAGAAUUAACAGCCAUGGAAGUUCGACUCCUAAUCAACCAGGAUUGAGGAGCUAUGGAUGUUCGAUAUCUAAUCAACCAGGAAUGAGUAGCUAUGCAAGUGUAUCUCCUAAUCAACUAGGAAUGAGCAGCUAUGGAAGCUUAACUCCUUAUCAACGAGGAAUGAGCAGCCUUGGAAGCUUUACUCCUACUCAACCAGGAAUGAGUAGCCAUAGAAGCUUGACGCCUACUCAACAAGGAAUGAGUAGCUAUGGGAGUUUAUCUCCUAGUCAACCAGGAGUGAGUACUCAACCAGGAAUGAGCAGCAAGGGAAGCUUGACUCCUACUCAACGAGGAAUGAGUAGCUAUGGGAGUUUAACUUCUUAUCAACCAGCAUUGAGCACCCAUGGAAGUUUAUUUCCUAAUCAACCAGGAAUAAGCAGCCACACAAGCUUACCUCCUACUCAACCAGGAAUGAGUAGCUUUGGAAGUUUAACAACUAAUCAUUCAGGAAUGAGUAGCUACGAAAGUUUAACUCCUACUCAACCGGGGCCUAGCAAUAUCUCAUACGGAUUGCUCUUAAACAAUGAAAACACUGCAUAUAAGCCUCAACCACAUGCCUCUACAACUAUACAACUGGAUAAUCUCAGCAUGUAUGAUGACCUCGGCAAUAUUAACGAGAUUCCUUGCGAUUUAAGUAACUUUGACUUCGAUCAUGACAAGCAACAAGAAGAAGCAGUAUCUGCCAACAAAUUUGAGAUCCCUGCAAAUCUUGAGACUGAACUGAAUCAGACUUCCUCUCUUGAAGAAGAUGGUGACUGGACCUUUCUGAACAUAAGUCAGGGUCAUUUUAAUGAAAAAACAUCAAACACUUUUGCUGCUCCGGAGACGAAUGAUCCAACUUUCAACAAAAACCCUAAUCAUGCUCAGGAACAAGAUGUUCCAGAUUUUGAUUGGUCGUUGUUGGAUUUAGAGAACUUGGCUAAUGAGAACGACUUCAUGGACUCAAUGUUCACCAAUGACAACUCAAUGUUCACCAAUGACAUGAAUUGAAAAGGGUUCGAUCGAUCCAAGAUGUUCUCAACGGCAAUGUUCUCAACGGCAAUGCAAAGUAGUUUUUAAAGCAAAUAUAUAUAAAGAAUAAGAGGUUUAUAGAUGUAUGGUUUAUGGUUGUGUAACAUAUUUCUAAGUGUUGGAUAUUAUGUCUCUUUUUCUCAGCAAGUGUUAGAUAAUGUGAACUUUUCAAUAUAUAUAGUAAUCUAUAUGGUUAGAAA